AUGCCGCGAGUGGAACCCUUUGUCAGUGCGUUCGCCGGACCCACGGCCAGGUCGUAUCGGACUCCAGCCUCGCGGGGACGCAGUCCAAUGCAGGAACCGUCAUGGAGAAAUACGCUGGUGGGGCUUGUGUACGUCGUGGGCUCUGUGGGGUUGAGUCUUCAAUUCGUGUUCACGUUGGGGCGCCACACAACCAACGAUUUUUACUGGGCACACUUCAACACGACGGGGAUGCAAUCGUAUUUGGCCGAUCUGUGCAACGUCCAGCUGCCGCUUCUGCAAGCGCCGACCGCGAUCGAAUUCAACCGCAGCAUGGCCAUUCCCAAAGAUUACACUGGGCCCAACACCCUCGUCAGCGUGAGCCCUGCCAGGGCGCGGUCGUUUCUGCUUCAGACGAUGCCAUUGGACCAGAUCGUUCCGAGUCUCCAAACGUCGACCGUCGCCGCCAACUUUAAGUAUAUGACGCCAUAUUGUUGGGUGGAUUUCAACCACACGUUUGAGAUGGCGCACACCGCCAAGCGACAACAGCGAUGCCUGCUGCACGAUCACGACAAUGCCGCCGUGUACCUCGAGUCGAUUUUACGCAACGCCAAGCCGCAAGACAUUGUGAAAUCGUCGUACUUUUCCGACUUGAACUCUACCAUAUUUGCCGCUUUGUACGAGUCCAACGCUGGCCGCGAGUGGAUGACCUUUCUUCAAACCCACGAGGUGGCGCCAGUUGCUGUCGAAAUCGCCACGUGGCGCGACGCUGGGCUCACAAAAUGGAUCGUGCAGGUCAACAAUGCAAACGACCAAGGCUUAUUGGAAACCAUCACGGUCGUGAAUGCUCUGGGCAUUACGUCGACAAUCACAAUCGGCAGAGUGCCUAUCCGUGCCCGGGGGGGCGCGGCGUGGACGACCGCGAAUGCGUACUUUGGGAUUUGGAACGAUCUGGCUAUUUGCAGCACGUACUUUGGCUGCAGCCUCGUACGCGGCGCGUCGAAUCACUUUGAGGCCAUGGGCCUAGAUUGGGACGCCGACGUGGUGGCUGAGGAAGUUCCGUCGCCGACGACGCUACUCGUUCGCCGGUACAUUGGACCGUUCGGGUCGUUGGACUUGCGUUUCGUGGCCGUACCACCUGUCCUCUUGAACCUCGUCGCAGAGUUUCAGCGACAGUAUUACGAUGAACUGCAACGCGAUGCCACCGCCCGGGAAGCGUAUCGCGCGUUUGUGCCUGUGAAUGUCGACCCGAUUCCACCAGCUUGGAACGGCCUGUCAUUUUAUGGCGGCAAUCCACUGUGUGCAGGCCACGUCACCCGCGCGUACCCGCAGGAAACAUUUGGGUUUUACGAAGCAUGCGACAAUUCGGUUCCGUACACGAUUGUCCUGGGCAGCGACAGCGCCGUGUUUGCACUUCUAGCGAUGGGGCCUCUUCCUCGUGUGAACGCGAAGGUGGAGAUUUGUGGUAUGUGCCGCACAAAGCAACUGGAUUGCCACGACGCGCUUUCGAUGGCGUCGACUGUGCAGGAGAACAUUCCCGGGUUGUCGGGUUUCCCCCCGCAACAACCUGCGUUGUUGUCGGUUCUGGUGACUUUAAACCUGACAAUGAUCCAAUUCGCGACUACCAACCACAACACCCACGACGACGAUGUAUUCUUGACUCAACCGAUGGUCGAAGGGGGGGCGUUGUGGGAUUACUUUGGGUGGGUGUCCCUGUAUGACUGGGUUCAAGGGACCCGUGAAGUGUACAUGUUCGAAGGGGACGAAGGCAAUGUGACGCUCGUGUCGCCGUAUUAUGCCCGCUCGGAGAUGUCGGCCAACCCCCUCGAAGUCCCCCAAAGCGCGUGUCUUUACGUGUGGUACCUUUCUGUGUACGUGACGUUUGUCCUGUCCAGUGUGGGGGCGUUGAUGAUAGUAUUUGGGAGUUUGAUUCGGUUUCAAACGGACCCGACGCAAUGGUUUCACUUUAAUCGGGUCGUCGGGUCCGUCUGGAUCGGGCGUCCGUUGCUCUUGGUCCGCGGCAUGGCCGCCGCGACCAUCUUGUCGACCGCAAAUGAGCAAUUCAUCAUAUCCCAUGGGUUUUCCCAGUUUACAUAUAACGACCGAACGCUCGACGACGUGCUCUUGUUGGCCGGCGAGGCGCUGUGGAUUACUUAUGUGCUCGUGGACAUUUGCUUGCCAGUCACCCACGGCGUGUCGUUCCUGUACGCGCCACUGAGCAGUGGGUUGGCGUGGUGUACCAUCGCUGCGUUGGAAUGGACGAUUCCGUACAAGUCUGAAACAGUUCUGCAGCCCAACAAUUGCACCGUUCAACCUACAGGACAAGAAGUGUACUGCACCAGUGGGUCUAUUGCUAUUGGCAGCUGGAACCGUGUCGUCUUGAUAUGUGUCGUGAGCGCUGCGUCCGUCGUCGUGGCGUACGUUGUGGUCAAAGGAUGCAGCACCGUAUCGAUCGACUACCACGAGACCAAACCCUCGUCAAAACAUGUGCAUUGUAUGGUGCCUGGCGCGUCGCACGGGCACUUGCUCAGGGCUACGCACGAGCAUCGCAUGGACAAUGUAGCGUGCAUCAUGUCUGGCAUGAUUCCGCUCAUGCACGACCUGUUUGAUGUGAAACUGUGGGCAGUUAUGCGCAAGAGCACGCGAACCCCCGUCGGGUUUACGUUUCCGACUCUGGGAUUCAAGCGCCACAACCAGGGGGCACUCCCGGGACCUCCACCACCAUCACACUUUGUGCCACGUCACCAACCCCACCGUCGGGAUGCGAUCAUGGGCUUGAUCUACAUGGGCGCAACCGUCGCAGGAAGCUAUGUGUACCUGGCCUUGACCGAUUCCACCAUGGCCAACGACAUGUGGUGGACGACAUUUAACAGCACAGGCACGCAGCUGUUCUUGUCGUCGUGGUUUACAUUGCAAUUGGCUUCCACCAACGCCCUCCUGCCGUCAUCGACUAGGUUGGACGUUCCCAAGUAUGCAAGUACCCAACGCUACAACUCGUCGACAGCGUCGAUUGCAGUGCCUCAGUUGUACGCGACGGCCAUCCUCGACGAAGUCAAUACACUAGAAAACGUCGUCCGCGGGCUUCGAGCCAUGGACAGUUGCUCAUUGCCGUGGAUCUUUGCGGCGCACUGCUACGUCGAUUUCGGCCAUACAUGGGAAAUGGCGCCGACAGCAGCCAAGCAGCAGCGCUGUCAAAAUGAAACAGAUAACGCAGCCGUGUACUUGGAACCAUUGCUUCGAAAUGCGCACUGGCCCGACUUAUCCCGGUGCUGGGGCGAUGCCAUUGAAACGAGUAUUUUCAAAGCACUACGAACGAGCGUGACGGGGCGCGAGUGGAUUGCGCACACGGUGCAAACGAUGGACGACGGCAUCAUUUUGGCCGCCGCCGCCGAGGUCAGGUAUUGGCAAUCCCAUGGCAUUUCGUCGUUUACGACCCAGUGGCAAAACUUCAAGAUCUUGGGCGUGGUCGAAUCGUAUUCAGUGCGCAACGCGUUUGGGUUUUCGCACCCGUUUACGCUCAAGCAGUUGAAUUCGUCGGUGCAGCUCCAAAGCCAAACCAGCUACAAGCUGUAUUCGGGGCUCGCGAAUACCUUCACGGCAGUGUGCACCAACGGGUCGAGCGUGGCGGGGCGUUCGCUCAUUCGAAACGCCAACGACUUUGCCUUUCAAAAUACAACGCCCGAAGCCCUUCUUGGGACUGCGUUUUUGCAUGCACUGGUCGUCCCGAUUGGACCAGCAUUGGGUUCGAUUCGAGCCAUGAUAGGGCCAUUUGGCUCGAUCGACGCAAGGCGAGUGGCAUGUCCAAAUUCCCUUCAGCUCUUGUAUCGAACCUUGACGGAAGACGUCGCGCAGGGCAUCGUGUCCAACGCCCCAAAGCUUGAAAACACCACGGCGCUGUUCAAGGGUCAGUACUACUCGCCGCUAUCCAAGAUGUGGAGCGCGCAACAACUCGUGGGCGGCAACAUCAUGUGCGAGUCUGACCCUCUCUCAACCAACUAUGGGAACGACGUGAGCGAGUUCUUUACGAUCCAUGGGCGCUGUGACUCGACCCUCUUGGGCACGGUACGCCCCUCGGGCCCCAUGCAAGUCAUGUCAAUCAUCGCGUCCAACUUGAGCUCGACCACCGACCCUGCUCCCAUUUGCGAACGAGAAAAACGCUAUCGUGAUGGCUGCCAUCUUGCCUUGACGUCGCUCCUUCCCCUGGUCCAGUAUUUUCCCGUGCAUGACAUCAAGGAUUUAGUUCACGCUGUCGUGGAGGACGUCCGAGACAACUUGAGGAUUGCCCUUGUCCAGUUUGUUCGACAGCAGGCCAACGUGAAUGCGUUGGACCUGUCGAUGUCCAUGCUUUUUGCCCCCACCGAGCCAGAAUUUGAGUUUUUCGCGUGGUUUUACCUGUUUGAAUGGGCAGAACAAACCCGCGAGGUCGUGAUGUUUGAAGGGGAACACGGGCGCUUGACCACCAUGUCGGGCAGCGUCCCCCCCGUCGCUCAGACGGUGAAUGGCAUGGAGAUACCAGUGUCCGUGGCGUUUUACACGCGUUUAGCGAUCCAAUACGUGACGUUUAUGUUUCUCCUUGUGGGGUGCUGCGUCUUGUGCUACAUCAUCGCAGUGCGCGGUUACGUGGAAGGGCGGAACUUCGUCAAAGUGAACCGUGUCGCAGGAAUGGUGUGGGUCGGCCGUCCGUUGAUUUUGCUUCGGGGGAUCACGGCGAUUUGUCUCUUGUCGACUCCGAGUCUGUCGCUUGUUCAAACCCCCAACGGCGUCGCGUCGUACUUUGUAUCGCCGCCGCAUUUCUGGCUAACGACGUUGAUGUCGUCGGGCGAAGCGUGUUGGCUAGUUUACAUCCUCAACGACAUGUGUUCCCCGUUCACGCUCAACCACACGGCGUACGCGUCCAAGAGCAGCAGCUUGGUGUGGUUUGUCUCGUUUGUGCUCAGUGUGGCAUCGCCUGUGCAACACGAAGUGUCGGUGGCGAGGAAGUGCACUGUUGAAUCCGUGGACUUUCAACUUGUCUGCGACGCAGGGACAGUAUACUUUGGUAGUGUUUCACGUUGCCUCGAGUUGGUUGGCAUUGCUUGUGUAUCGUGCAUGCUUUGCUAUCGCAUCCAGCGUCGAAUUCACACCAAUCAAGCUGAGGUCGAGUCUCGCAAACACACAUCGCCCAUGCUGCAUGCUGUGGCGAUCCACAACCUACACUUCGCAAAUUGGCACUACAACGGACUCUCGUACAUAGACAAGGCGACGGCGGCCAUGACAGGAAUCCUCAGCCUUCGAAUCGGCGAGAUGUUGUACCUGUUUGACAUCAAGUCGUGGCGACUGCAUUCGAUCGACACGGCCGACACGCGCGACACCUCCAUGGAUCCGUUCCUGUUCCAAGCAGUCCCGUUGAUGGACGGGUCCCGCAAAAAUCAAGGGACUUCCAUCAUUCUCGCAUUCACCACCGCCAUGACCCAAGUGUUCAUCGUCGCUGCCAAGCGCACCCCCUUCGGCGCCUUUGGCGGCAAGCUCAAGUCCAUCUCUGCGACUGACCUUGCGACCCACGCCACGAAAGCAGCGUUGCAAGCCGCCAAAUUGGACCCUGCUCUCGUGGACACUGUCAUUGUUGGUAACGUCGCUCAAACGUCGUCGGACGCGGCCUACCUUGCCCGCCACGUUCUCUUGAAGAGCGGUAUUCCGCUUGAAAAGCCUGCACUCACGAUCAACCGCCUGUGUGGGUCGGGGUUCCAAAGUCUCAUCAACGGGAUCCACGAAAUCAAACUCGGCGAAGCGUCCAUCGCAGUCGCUAGCGGGACCGAAAACAUGUCCCAAGCGCCGUUGGUGUCGUACGGCGACAAAUCUCGAUUCGGUGUCGGCCUUGGUGCUGGCCUCCAACUCCAAGAUUCGCUGUGGUCGGCCUUGACGGACUCGUACGCGAAGUGCCCCAUGGGGAUCACCGCCGAGAACCUGGCGGCGCAAGUCGGUGUGUCACGCGAAGAAUGCGACACCGUGGCGUUGCGCAGUCAAACAUUGUGGGCGAAGGCUCAUGCCGCCGGGGUGUUCGACGCCGAACUCGCGCCCAUUGACGUCAAGGUGAAGGGGAAGUUUGAGAGCUUUGCCACCGACGAACACCCGCGCGAAACGACGCUGGAAAAGCUUGGCAAGUUGAAGACUGUGUUCAAGGACGGCGGAGUCGUCACGGCGGGCAACGCGUCCGGUAUCGCGGAUGGUGCCGGCGCGAUCAUUUUGGCGUCGGAGGCGGCGUUGAAACACGCGGCCCCGCUGGCCCGCGUCGUCUCGUACAGCGUCGUGGGGGUCGACCCGUCCAUCAUGGGCAUUGGUCCCGUGCCUGCGAUCCAACAAGCGUUGAAGCGCGCGAACUUGACGCUCGACGACAUGGACUUGAUCGAAAUCAACGAAGCGUUUGGCGCGCAGUACCUCAGCUGUCUCAAGGAACUGGGUGCGAACCCCGAGAUCUCAAACGUGAAUGGCGGUGCGAUCGCCCUGGGCCAUCCGUUGGGGGCGUCGGGCAGUCGCAUCACGGCCCACUUGACCCACGCGCUCAUUCGCACCAAGAAGCGCUAUGCCGUCGGCGCUGCUUGCAUUGGCGGCGGGCAAGGCAUUGCCAUCAUCUUGGAAAACGCGACGCUAUGA